UCACAUGCAGCAUCAUUUUAUUGCUGUAUUUAAAGAAGAGAAAACUUAUUUUCAAAGAAAGAGAGAAAAUAAAUCGAAUAAACCUGAUAACAAAUAAGACGAAAUGUUGUAUUUCCGAUUACUUGCGAUUUUCAGUCUAUUGUGUGGACUAUUAACUAAUUCUGUGGCAAGAAGACUUGGAGGAGGGUACCUGGAACCAAUAGAUACAGAUGACCCGGAAGUGGUUUCAGCAGCAACAUGGGCAGCCAAUAAGUUAAAAGGAACUCUCGUCAAAAUUACGUCUGCUAAUGAACAGAUAGUUGCUGGAUGGAUGUAUCACAUAUCAAUACACAUAAAGUCGGAGCAAAAAAAGGACAUGCAAUGUAGAGUAAAGGUUUGGGUUCGUCAUUGGCUGAACCGCAUGCAACUUGUUAGUGCCGCCUGCAGACCUACACAUGCAUAGCCAUAAACGUGUGGUUUCUUUGAAGUUUUUGAACCCGGAUGUUUUUAUUAUCUAUUCUAAUGAUUAAAGUAACUUUGUGUGCGUAGUUAUGUUUGUUGUGAUAAUAAUCAAAAACAAGAAUGAUUUACAUGAAAAGCUAAUAAUUUUCAAACGUUUAUAUACAUGUAGUUUCCACUAUUUGUUUUAAGAUACAUUUGUAUUGCCUGUUUGACAUAAUCAAAUCUAUGUCAGUGAAUAUCUCUAAAUAAAAUAAAUCAUUGAA